UUUGUAAUUGACAAUCAAGUGCUCCCUUGCCUCUUUCAACUCCUUACACAAAACCAUAAAAAGAGCAUAAAGAAGGAAGCUUGUUGGACGAUCUCAAAUAUUACUGCUGGUAAUAAAGCUCAAAUACAGCUGUAAUUGAGGCCAAUAUCAUUCACCCGCUUGUACAUCUUCUCCAACAUUCAUAGUUCGAUAUAAAAAAGGAGGCUGCAUGGGCCAUCUCUAAUGCCACUUCUGGUGGCUCUCAUCAACAAUUCCAGUAUAUACUUGUGCUUCCUUUCUUGUUUACACAUGCACUUCUGUUACAACCCAAAAAAAAGAGAAAAUAUAUAAAAUUUGAGUUGACUUGUGUAAUUUAAUAUAUAUAUAUAUAUAUAUAGAUAUAAGAACUUCUGGUCCUAAUGCACUUCUGUUGUAGAAAGAUUCAUCUAAUAUAUAGCUAUUAUAGUUGUAAUGCAUUUGGCAUGACAUUUCACUAACAUGGACAUUGCCUUGCAGAUUUCUUGUUAGCCAAGGUUGCAUCGGAACACUCUUGUUAUAUUGAAGUCUUUAAACUUCAGUUUUGCAAUCUUGUUUCUAAAUUAAAUAGUAACCCUUUUGCCUUUUAUGUGAAGAAAGUUGGCAACUGUGUAUCUUUUUCAAAUGGUCCUAUAAUCCAUUCAAUUUGGUUGUUCUGUUUGUUCCAUUAUAAAUAUGCUAGGUAAGUUGUUCUGUUUCUAAUUAUCAUCUUGAUACUAAGUUAAAAUUUACUAGGUUGCCAAGGACUAGUGUUCCUACCUAAACAUCUUUAAAAAAAUCCUCCUUGCUUCCCAUUCUAGUUGGUAUAUUUCUGCUUUGAUUUUCUAGUUGGGAAUUGAGAUCUCUUACUUUCAUUAUUUAUGGAAAUCCCAUGCUUUUUGUAUAGAGAAGCAAUGCUAAUAUAUAUGUUUUUGCCUUGCUUUUUAACCUAUUUAUGCUUUUGCCAGCCAUGGGUAAUGUUUCAUGAGCAAUUUUUUCUUCAAAUUAUCUCUCUAUGAUUUCUAGCAAGAAGCCAAUUGGCUAUUUCAAUUGCAAAAUGUUUUAUUAAAACUACUGUUAAGAUUCUCCCUUGUUGAGAUGAUUUGAGAAACAAUCAACUUUAAACAAUUUGUAACCAUAACAUGUUAUUGGCAUUGAUAUAUGUUCCCUUUUUCUGAUGGAGAUAACAUAGAUUUGUUUAUUUAUUUGAAGUUGUACUGUUUCAUUGUUAUAAAAUUAGUUUAUUGGUUAAUGAUUGGUAUGUGUAUAUAUGAGGUGGCUUAUCUUUGCAACUCAUAUCUACGUGUUUUUUCAUUAAUACAAGUUUCGUUAAAAAGAAAAAUGAUGUGGCUUCUCCUUUUUUUUUUUGCUGGAGGAUGGGACUUUUCUUUUAUGGUGUUCUUUUUUACUUAUUAAAUUGGUAUUGGGCCUAUUGAAGUUACAUUUGAUGCUAAAUGAAUUGAGACAGUUGGUAGGGGCUAUAAUUUAAUUACGCUUGUUCUCUUGCUUUUAAUUUAAUUUCUUAUCCUUUGUGGGUUUAGCUUCUAUAAAUAUAUAUGCACACCUUUGUGCCUAUUGAUUGUCUAUAGUCUGAUUACUUUGAAGAAAUAAGAAUUUCUAUUUAAUGACACAUUUGGUAUAUAUAUUGUUAUUAGCUUGUUGUUGUAAGUUGAAAGUGCUUGUUUGUCAUGUAUAUGGGAUCCUGAAGGCAAACGAUAUCUAGACUUUCUCUCUACUUAUUCUGCAGUUAAUCAGGUAGAAAAUGUUGGGAAAUUGUGUAGUUAAUUUAGUAAUACUUUGAAUUGAGAUGUCAUGUUUUAUUAUGUAUAGUGGUGGAGGAGAUUAAAAAAUGUUUCAUUGUAGAAAUACCCAGCUAGCUUUAGAAGAUUUUUUAGUCUUUUAACAAGCACCAUUUUGAAGAGUACUUGGACAUGAGCUUGUGCUUAGGUGAGUUUUUGUUGACCCUCUAGUGUCAUCUGUGGUCUUUAAGUAUUCCUCUAUGAAUUGUAUAUUUGAUCAAUUUCCCACUUUAAAACUCAGUGCCCUUUUUCACUUUGAUAAGUUUGACUCUUUUAUUUUUAGUUUUAUGGAUGACUUUGAAUAUCUUCUAAGUAACUAGUAAGUAUAUUUUGAAUAUCUUCGAAUGAGUAAAGGAGUAUGGUUUGUGAGAAACUAGAUGUGCUUAGAUAAUACUAUUCCCACCAUGACUGUCAAGACCUCGAUAAUUUUUUGGUAAGUAUAUUUGCUUUUUCUGGUUUUAGUUGGUAAUUUUGUUUGUUUUCCUCUGCAACUAACUGAGCAAAACAUAACAAAGAAAUAAAGAACAAUUAAUAUGUGAGAUGUCACUUAGAUAUAAACCAAAGUGAAGUCAUUGGAAAAGAGUAAUAAGUUAGCAAAAUGGGUUGCUUCUGUUUUGGUCUCGUUGCCACUUUUGUCAAAUCUAUUAGUUUUAUAUUAUUAGUAACAUUAAAAUGUUUAGGUGACUAGCUAGAAUGAGUAAGUUUUAUAUAUAUAUAUAUAUAUAUUUGUAUGCAAUGUAGUGGAAUGAACGGAGGCAAGCAAGCAAUGGCACUCCACAAUUUAAGUGCAGUUCAAACAGAGAGACACUGCUCUGAGCUUGCAAAAGUUGGUGUUGAAUUUGAACCUUGGGAAAAACAACUUAUUGAGCACAAGGGAAAACUUGAAGUUGCAUCUACCGAGAAUAAGCUUUUGAGUGAAAAGGAAGAUGCUCGUGCAGCUUUUGAAGAUGCAGAAAAGCAGAUGGAAGACAUAUUGGGAACUAUUGAAACAAAAUCUGAGAGUAUCACAAAAAUUCAAAGUGAUCUUGAAAGGAGCAAACUCAAAGCAUUGGAAGCUCAUAAAGUGGAACAAGUUCGUGUUUUAAUGAUGUACAGGGAGGGCCUCGGAAGGGAUGGUGGCUGGGCGCGGGGCUGGCUGGUGGGGUUCUCAACUUCACGGUGGCAGCAGUUUUAUUGCAGAAAUUGGGCUAAACCUUAUAUUAAAGAUGCUAUAGAAGUUUCCAGGUAUAUUGAGAUGAUUUCUUUGGAGCAAUUCUUGACAACAUUUGUAGUUGAGGCCUUUAGAAUGGAAGAAUGUAUUUCACUAAUUUUUGUAUACAUUUCUUGUUUUGUAUUUAGUGAUAAAGGAAUCUGAAUUGGGCAUAAAUUAUGUUGUAAUAUGAUUUCUUAAGCCUAGACUAGUAGACUAAAUAUUCUAAUUACAUUUGAGUAAUUAAUAAAAAUCUAUUUAUGUUAUUUUA